UCUCCAGCCUGCGCACAGUUCCUCUCUGCUGCUCUUUUUUCUUCCCUUUUCUGUUUUUUUCUGUUUUUUUCUUGGGUUUUUUUUUCUUCCUUUAUGGUUUUAUUUGCCUCCCUGUUGGUGAAUGCUGUGUGCUUUUGGAUGAGAGCUGUGGACACCGAGAGGAUGCGCAUUUUGGAGGAACAAGCACUCAAAGUUGUCUUCUCCUCUGGUCCAGGUUUGUUUUAGUGGAUUCGUAGAUGUUUGUCACGUUGGAAUGAACAAUGGUGCAGCUCCUGGGUGCUCUGACCGGGAGCAUGCUCUGGUUUCGGCUACUGCUGCUGUGCGUCGUGGAGUUGGAGCUGGAAGCCGGGCUUGCCACUUUCCAGGGUUUCUAUCUUCCACCUGCGAGCGGCUCGCCUCUGACACCUGCCCGGAGGACAGACGGGGUUGUGCGGACUAUUGACCGGAUUUACCACGGGGGAGGGAGGGUUGGCUACCUGGUGUACCUGGAUGAGAGCCGCUUUCAGCUGGACAUGGAACGAGACGAGUCGGUGCUGUCUCAUCACUUCAGCCCCCAGUAUGUGCUCGCCAUGAUGGGACAGAGCCCUGCGCCUCUGCAGAGGGAGUGCGUGUACCGCGGGACCGUGAACUCCAACCCGGAGUCCCUGGCCGUGUUCAACCUCUGCGGAGGAGGUCUCGAGGGCUUCUUCGCAGUGAAGGACGCGCGCUACACCGUCACCCCCAUCGUCAGGGCAAAAGGACAUGAGCAUGAUGUGCGCGCCCUGCAGGACAAGGAUGCGGAGAGCGCGCUCCACGUGUUCACGCGCGAAAGUUUCAGCUUCGAGGAGAUGAGCGAGGGCCGCGAGAGCUGCGGGACGCGCGACGGGCGCAAGAAACGCAAACGCCGGCGCAGAGGUCGCGGGAAGGGUAGACGGGAACGCGAGGGGCUCGCUUUGGAAGCCGAAGAUGAGCGCGGGCGGAGAUGGUGGAGCCGGCUCGCCACGGCACCCUCCCCGGAGCCGGGCGCACGGCGCAGGAGGUCGGUGUCUCGCGCCAGGUACGUGGAGCUGCUCCUGGUGGCGGACGAGACCAUGACUAAGAAGUAUGGAAAGGACUUGAACCACUACUUGCUCACGUUGGCCUCCAUCGCCUCUAAGCUGUACGGGCACGCCAGCAUCGAGAACCCCAUCCGGCUGUCGGUGGUCAAAGUGACCGCGGUGACCGACAAGGAGAAGGGAUUGGAGGUGACCAAGAACGCGGCGGCGACGCUCAAGAGCUUCUGCAAGUGGCAGAACCAGCAGAACCCACUGGACGACGACCACCAGCACCACCACGACGCCGCCAUCCUCUUCACCAGGCAGGACCUCUGUGGCCACCACUCCUGUGACACGCUGGGCAUGGCGGACGUCGGCACCAUCUGCUCUCCAGAGAGGAGCUGCGCCGUCAUCGAGGACGACGGGCUUCACGCCGCAUUUACCGUCGCCCAUGAGAUAGGUCACCUGCUUGGUUUGUCCCACGACGACUCCAAGUUCUGCGAAGAGCGCUUCGGAGUGAACAGCGACAAGCGGCUCAUGUCCUCCAUUCUCACCUCCAUCGAUGCCUCCAAACCCUGGAGCCGCUGCACCUCAGCAACCAUCACCGACUUCUUCGACGACGGCAACGCCGAAUGCCUCCUCGACUCGCCCCGCCAGGCCCUCCUCGGCCCCGAGGAGCUCCCGGGGCAGAGCUACGACGCCGUACGCCAGUGUCGCCUGGCCUUCGGCCCUGAGUACACGGUGUGCCCGGGCAUGGACGUAUGUUCGCGGCUGUGGUGCGCAGUGAUUCGCCAGGGACAGAUGGUGUGCCUGACCAAGAAGCUGCCGGCAGUGGAGGGAACGCCCUGUGGGAAGGGUCGCAUCUGCCUGCAGGGAAAGUGCGUGGACAAGACCCGCAAGAAGCACUACUCGGCGUCCAAUCACGGUAGCUGGAGUUCUUGGGGUCCUUGGGGUCCGUGCUCCAGAACUUGUGGGGGUGGGGUGCAGUUUGCCCAGCGCCUUUGCAACAACCCACCACCACGGAACAACGGGCGCUACUGCACAGGAAAGAGGGCCAUCUAUCGGUCUUGCAGUGUAACACCGUGCCCAACACCAAACAAGAGUUUCCGCCAGGAGCAGUGUGAGGUGCGCAACGGUCCCCAGACAGAUCCCAAAGGGGUGAAGACCUUCGUUGAGUGGGUGCCUAAGUACGCAGGAGUUCUGCCUAAAGAUGUGUGCAAGCUAACUUGCAGAGCAAAAGGAACUGGAUACUAUGUGGUGUUCUCUCAAAGGGUGGUAGAUGGGACAGAGUGCCGUCCGUACAGCAGUUCGGUGUGCGUAAAAGGGAAAUGUGUGCGGACAGGAUGCGAUGGCAUCAUUGGCUCCAAGCUUCAGUUUGACAAGUGUGGUAUAUGUGGAGGUGAUGGCACAGGAUGCAUACGUGUGGUGGGAAACUUCACCAAGAAGAGUAAGGGCUACACUGACGUAGUGAAGAUCCCUGCAGGCUCUACUCACAUCAAGGUUCGUCAGCACAAGGCCAAGGACCAGACCCGGUACACUGCCUACCUAGCUCUUCGACGGCCCAAUGGAGACUACCUCCUAAAUGGCAAGUUCAUGAUCUCCACCUCUGAGACAGUCAUCCCACUCAACGGUUCUGUGCUCAACUACAGCGGGUGGAGCCAGAGGGAGGAAUGGCUUCACAGUAUGGGCCCCGGGGCUCUUCAAGAACCCUUGGUGGUUCAGAUUCUAGCUACAGAUGCCAAAAAGCCUCUGGAUGUCCAUUAUAGCUUUUUCAUGCCCCGUCGGACAAAUCCACAGCCACGGUCACUUCCUCUCAUCCCCAAUCCAAAGUUAACUACAACACUGUUAACUACGACAAGAACCACCACCACUACCACUAGCAGGACCACUUUGUCUUCCUACGCUCCUCCUCUUCUUGUUCCAGGGCCAUCCACAGCUCCAGGUCCCUCAACCCCGGCUCCAGGGCCACAGUGGGUAACGGGGCCGUGGAUGACCUGCUCCAGGACUUGUGACACUGGCUGGCAGAGCCGGACAGUGCAGUGUAAGGACCGGGAUGGGAAACUGUCUAAAAGAUGUGUGCUGGGUGCCCGCCCCUCAGCCUUCAGACACUGUCUGGUGAAGAAAUGCUGAGGCGGCAAGAGGAAAGUGUCAAUUGAUUAAAGUCUCAAGUGCUGGAUGUAGAACUACGAACCAAUGAAUUAAAAAUGUCGAACCUUAAACAGGACAGUGAAUGUUGUCAGAUAGCACCCAGAAUAGACCCAAAGAGACUCUGAGGCAGAUUGGCAUGGAUGUACCUGACCAUAUGGCAGAGGAAUUACCUGGAAUAACAAUAGCUAUGCAGAAUUGAGGACAGUUUUGAUAUGAGAGUGAUGACUGUUGCCCUGCCAUGGCUAAGUUGCAUGCCACAUGGACAAAUAACUAACUGUCUUUACUUCAGUCUCCAAAUUCUGGAGGUCUAGUGUGUGUUGCCCUGUAAUGGCAUGCGUGUCGUGUCUUCUUAUGAUUCCAUGUGUUCAUCUCACUGUGGGAAUUUGGAAAUCGUCUUUUGUCCUAAGACAAGAGCCCCAACCAAGGGAAGCCUUCGUUACUCAUCUCAUCAUCAGUCACACAACUUUCACACCACAUGUCAUGAACCUAGAUUGUCAUCUCCUGUACAUUCGACAUUUUAGUGUCUCUCACAGAAGGCAGCCCUGACCGACAAAAAGGUCUCUUCCAUUAAACAGGCUUCCAUUCUGUUAAAUAGUGGUCCAUAGUCUUCCAAUCAAAGGUUCUUUGCUUAUAAAAAUGUGACUGAAAUGUCCAUAUUACUGUAGCUGCAGACAGAUCACAGCUAGCCAUAUAUUUUGACUUCAGGCAUUUGCGUCUUUCUUUGAUAGAUCCAACUGACAACCAAAAACACAAACAGAUAGCUCAUGAAUACAGUUUCCAGCUGAAGGUACAUGGGGAGAUUGGCUCGAUGACCAAGAACAAACGUGAAAACCCAGACAUCGAUGAUACAUUGUGUUAAAGCUCUAUAUUUAAUCAAAUGUACCAAGGUCAAGACAACUUUUGAGUGAUCACUUCACUCAGAAUGAGCAUAGGAAGAAAGUUUAUCCUAAAGACACCAGUAUUGAUUCUACUGACUUUUACAACUACCCGUUCACUGCAACAGCAGCAUAGCAUCUUAAAAAAGAAGUUGAAUAAGAGGCAAAGUGACCAUGACACUCCUUAAUAUUUAUGGAGAAUGAUAGUGACUCACAGGUCUGGGACAAUGCUUGGUUUUAAUGCCUGUGCAGUGUGUAAGUGUGAGCAUGUUAUGUGCCACUACCCAGUCCUGUGUUUUAAGCACAUUGAGUAUAUACCGUGAACAUGUUUUACUACGUCUUGAAACUUCUUCACUCUCAGCUCCACAUAUGUCAGUCAUUAUACUGGUGCUGAAAGGGUAUUUUUUGUGUUAGUUAAUGCCUGUUUGUCUGUUUAUCUGUUUAGGAAAUUAUGCUAAUAUGACAUUGUGUGCCCUGGAUACUCGCAACGACAGCAAGAGAAAUAGUAAUGCAGUCAUUAUUGUCCUUUUGCAAUUCAAUUCUUUUUUUCAUCACAUUUUACUCUUUUGCUCAUUUUACAUGCUGUCCAAGUCAUUUUUUCAGGACUGAUGGGUGAAGUUGGCCAUCAUACAAAAAUAUAUUGAUGUCACAAAAAAGUCCUUUGGAACAAGGAUUAAAUUGUUCAAUCUGAUUGCUGGUUUUUAAAAGCUAAUGUCUGACCUUUCGUCAGUAACCUUUUGCUCUUUGCACAAGUCUAAAGACCAGUCGGAGACUAUCUGGCAACCACCAGUUGCCAGUGAAUGAUAUGUAUUGUGUAUGUACAGCUGGUGAUUGGUUGUUGAAGGUUGCUAACAGUUGCUGUGAAAUCAAUUGCUAAAGCCGCUGUCAACCAGUUGCUGACUUAUUUGCAAACACUUGCAAACUAUUUGCCAAGUAGUGAAACUGUGCAAUGCAAAGCAAAAACAAAGACUGCUCACCUUCAAAGUCAAAUUUGUGUUGGUUGUAGUGGUAUGGCACAACUUUUACUGUAAAGGCAAACGUUCUACCUUUUUGGUUUGUACUGGUGUUUUUCUAAGCUUCACGACAGCUCAGACAGUUUAUAAAUUGACAUUUUCCACAAAAACUACAGGUAAGUGCAGCAAUUUGCUAGUGCCCAAGUAACGACAAGUGCCCUGUACAGUGCCCUCUUUGUGACCAACAGCCAGCAACCUCCAGCAUCCACUUGGCAACGCAUUUUCGCAUCUUUCCUCUGUGCCCAGCGGUUGCCAAGGGGUUACUGACCAGUUUAUAGGUCUAUGUGUCUGAGGUCUUAGCUUGUCUGGUGUUUCCACCAAAAAUAUAAGUAUAGUUUGAUGACAGAUUUUUUUUUUAAUUCAGCAAAUGGUAGCAUUUUAUAUGGAAUCUAAGGAGCUUGUAAAGAAAAGUGACUGGACUUCUUUAAGUUCUAAAAUAUGUUUUAUCUCUCAUCUGAGAGGCUUCUUCAGUUCUUAGAUCAAAUGUUGGAGAGUUCCAGGUAUUUAAGCCCUAGUGGGAGUAGUACCUUAAGAGGGUUGUCAACCCAUUAUUGAUCAUAAGUGGACGUCAAGGCGCCUGGGAAUUUAUUUUUUAAAUUUUAUAUUGACUCCAGGUUCAGCUGUCAUUAAUGUCAUUGGAACUAUUUUAACUAACUACCGUAGAAAUUGUUAUAUGUUAGCUAGUAAACACUGAUUGUACAAAAAGAAAUUGUCAUUGAAUUGUAAAAAGAAAACAAAGACAAAACACUUGUCUUUUGUGAAAUUACACACAUAGGCAUCUUUUAAACAGAGUAGCGCACAAAACUAGCAUGGCUUGCUUUAUGCUAAUUGUAGAUCAAAAAUACAUUCAAGAAAGAUUAAAAAUACACACACUGGCAUUUCUAAAGUAAAAAAAUAUGUCAUUAUACCAUUCUUAUUCAUGUUUUACAUAAACUGGAGUGUAAAGUUGUAUUCAAAUUUGCCUAUGUUUGCUGUCUGAAUGCUAAACUACGCUAACAAGCUGUUCCAAGACGACUGAUGCUUAGCACCUGGCAAAUAGAUAUUAAAACAAUUCAUUUAGGCAAAACCUUGCUAGUUAAUACUUAAUCUACUGUAAGCUUUUGUUUAAUUUAAAUAGACCAACCCCUUAAAAUAUUCAUUUUGGGGUAACACUAUAUGAACAGCAUUAAUGUUUCCAUAAGAAUUUAAUACCGAGGACUUUAAUUACCUCACUUAUUGUUGAUAAUAUUUAAUCCCUAUUAUAACAAAGUAAAGUUAAUUACAUAUCUAAUGGGCUUAAAAAAAUACCUUCCUGUAAUUGUAUUAAAGUAUCUGGCACCUAUUACAUUUUCCUGUGUGACCAACCUCACCCAUCUGGCAUCUGUGCAGGAGAAAACAAAGCAUGGGAAGAAGUUGGUGAUAUGACAUGACCGAGGUCACUCUUAAAAUGUUUUCUCUUUGCCGCUCAGACAUUCACAUUUAUUUACGCAAUGUAGACAAUGUUUGUACAAUGCAUAGAUCAUUCAUAUGUGUUAGUAUUCAGCCAUGUUGUAACAGUAAUGUACACAUGCAGUCACAUUGAAAUAAUCCAUCAUUUGCACAGAUUUCAGCCAUAAACUUCGCAGACACAGACUCCACACACAACCCGACUCUGACUCCUGUGGGGAAAACCCCUCUCGCUGAAUGACAGAAACACAGCACUGAACUUGUAAUUUAUUGUUUGUAUAACUGGUAUGUGUGAAUAAAAAAGCAAUGAGAUGAGUUUUAUUUAUUAUAGUAAUUUUGUAUCAAAUUACUAUUUAACUUAGGAAUAUGACUGUGCAGAAUCAUUCCUUUGUAAGAAUAUAGUGUUUUCUUUUCUAGUC